UUGUAGGCCGACAUUACAUUAAGCGAAGAAGAAGAAGAAUCUGAGCAGCGAAGAAGAAAGUUGCGCGGGUCGUUUGAGUGUUUUGCUAACUGCUAUAAAACAUCUCGUUAGCGGAUCUGUUAGCGCUGAUCUGUGCCACCAUCACGGACUUUGACUUAAAUACAGGAUCUGAGUCCUUUUCCUCCGCUGCUGGAUUCACAGCGAGGCCGUCAUGGAGUCCACGGAGAGCAGGUUCGCCCACCUGCUGCAGCCGAUUAGAGAGCUCACCAAGAACUGGGAGAUCGACGUGGCUUCGGAGUUAAACGACUAUUUGGAAGAGCUGGAUGACAUGUGCAUCACGUUUGAUGGAGGGAAAACCAGACUGAACUUUGCAGAAGCAGCGCUGCUGAUCCAGGGCUCAGCCUGCAUCUACAGCAAGAAGGUGGAGCUCCUGCACAAUCUGGUUUACCAAACUCUGGAGUACCUCAACGACAGGAAUAAGAAACGUAACAAACAGGCCGCAGCGUCGGAGGAGGACGGUGCGGACGCAGCAGCGAGCAGCUGCGACGCCGAUGAAGUGUUCACUCCUUUGGACGUCGAUGUCUCAGAGAGCUCACAGAAGGCCGACUCCAGCAAGACUGUGAGCGUCGCUCCUCUUCCUCCUGAGUCUCUGAUUCCUCCUGAAACCACGGAGAAGCACAAACUCCCUCUGAUCAGUCUGAAAGGUGAGUUCUUGUGCAGUCAGAAGGACUUCAGGAUCAACAUUUUCAUCCCGGGAGACGAGGAUCUGAUCCUGCUCACGCUCGGAUCAGCUGCUUCCAGGUUUCUGCUGAACGAUGAUCAACAUCCUGCAGACUCUCUGCACCAACAGCAGCACCCAGGUGUUGCGGCUCCAGAUGUUGCGGCUCCAGGUGUUGCGGCUCCAGAUGCUGCUGAUGUUGAAGAUACUGGAGGUGAUGCUGCAGGUGACUUCCUCCCGAUAGACGACAACAACAUGGAGCUGGACCAGGAACCAGAGGAGCACGUGGACAGACACCAGCCUCCGAGCGAAGGCAGGACGAUCCGAGAGAGACGGCAGGUCGGAGACGACGAUCUGAGGAGGAAGGAGGAGACGACACCUGCUGUGAGUGUGUGGACGCUCCACGACCCGUACGCUGUACUCGGGGAGGAUAAACCGUUUAAAUCAGGAAAAUGCUACAAGGUUCCCGACGGUCUGGACGACGGUGGAAAGAGGAAAAGAAAACGACCCGCUUCCCUUCAGGACUUCAGGAGCUGGUUCAGAGGAACCUUUGAUCCUCCGGAGCACAAGUUAAAGAGUGGACCCACGUUUACAGACCUGAACUACAUUUAUUUGAGCACAAUGAAAGACAAACUGAAGACUCGAAAGAGGAUCUACAGGAAAGCGGGUGUGGUUGUCUCUGAUGAGGAACUGAGGCGGACCUUCCUGCAGCCGGAGGAGGCGGGGCCCCAUGAGCAGGGGGAGGAGCCUAUGGACAGAUUCAGACACCCCGACCUGCUGGGUGGAGAUGACGACACCUCGGACAACGAACACGAAGCGUUUCCUGACGACGCUCCAGCUGAGUUCGUUGGAGGAGCAGACUUCAUAUCACCAGAAGCUCAGAGAGAUGAACUGAGCUAUGAAGACCUGGUGAAGCUGCGUGUAGAGCAGCUGGUGGUGAACAGUCGGGGUUACACUCAGGAAACGGCUCUGUCUCGACGAGUCAAAGACUGGGAGGACAAGAUCCGACCCGAACUGGUGCUGCAGGAGGAGCGCGCCGUGUUUGACAUCCACGAUUACGGCGACAGGAUAGUCGGAGCGCUGCGCGGCGUCGGCCACCGGCGGCCUUUCUCCUCCAUCGUCGCCGGUUUGGAUAACUUUGAAGCCUGCAAAUACCUGCUGGCGUCGCUGCAGCUGGCGAACGACUACACAGUGGAGGUGGACAGUCUCGAGGGUCUGGAGGACAGCGUGGACUCGAUGGGACUGACGCUGCUCAGCACUCACAGAGCGACGGACAGAUUCAAAACUCUGGCGGCUUCAACCUGAAACUGUGAGUUCAGACUCGUGAGCUCGUCAGAGACCGGAGUUUAUAAACGACAGUUUGUUCAGUUUGUUUCCGCUAAAGACAUUUUUAGUCUUUCUAAGGACGUUUUGUUUCGCUGUCUACGUGUAUCUGAACUCGCUUCCUUUGAUUCAGCCAAUAACUGAAUCAUGUCUGUCUGUAACGGAUGUCGGAUGAUAAAAAUGACGAUGGAGAUUAUGCUGAAGUGUUUUGUCCCCCAACGAUUUCUUAAACAUUUGUAAUAAAACGGUCCAUGUUGAAUUUGUUGCUCAUGAAGAAAAAACUGGUGGUUGAUUUUCAGUUUGUUCAGCUGUUUUCAGGAAGUCUGAAGCUUCAACGUCUCAGCCGGAGACAAUCAGAAGGACAGAAAGCAGAGCUGCGUUUCCCAGAACAGCCGACGCUCGAUCCCAAACCAAACGUGUGUGUGUUGAUCCCCCCUGUUGCUUUAGCACCACAUUACACGUCAGGACAAUAACAGCAACUGGACUGAACACACACUGAUGCAAACACACACACACACACACACA